AUGCUCGGCUACGAAGAGGCUAAAGAACGGUCGCUGUACCUGAUCGUUCAUACUCAGGUUAUUCAGGACGAUGUAAAGGGAUUCCAGGAUAAUUUCUUCAAGCUCUGCCGUGCUGCCAAGGAGACGGUCGAGGCCACCCUCAAGAAAAAUGGAAUGAAUAGCAUGGAAGAGCUCUUCAAUAAGGCAAUGGCUGAAUUGCCCAAGGAGGAGGCUGAGAAGUACAGAAAGACAAUCGAGGAGCUCAAACCCAAAGGUGUCUUGGACAUGAUCAAGCAUCCGGAACUGAGGGACGCUCUUGAUGCAGCAAUCUGGUUGGGAGACUUCAUGGCGUCUAUGGCAGCCUUCGCCGUUAAUAGGGCCAUGGCCGAGGAGGCAGCCCUUGCAUUCAGGGAGGCUGCGUCCGGAAAGCUCACCACGGAGGCUUUCGCGGUCCUCGCCAAGAAGUUCAAUGAGCAGACUGGCAAUGAGAUCUCAACCGUUGCCGAACGGCGCAUGCUCGAGUGGGAUGCAGAGAAGCUUGCAAACUUUUCUGCAGCCGAAGAGAAGCUCGCACUAAAUGGACUGAGUGAUGCAGAGAAGGUUGCAGCUGAGACAGCAGCCGGGGCAAGGGGUAUGGUUAGAAGUGGAAUUUACGGGCUGAUCGCAAUGGGCGUCAUCAUGGCUGCUACUUGGGCUUAUAGGGAGUACCAAGAGCACCAGAUGGCCGAAAAGAUGAAGGACGGAAUCCAGCAGCUUGCCACAGGUCGUCUCUAUGCUCACCAGGCCAAGCUCACGGCGCAGGCCUAUACAUCCCUACCUACGAUCAUUGAGGAUAUUGCAGACGCUUUCGAUGAACACGAUACCCAGGAGCUGAACAAGAAGCUUGACAAGUUCGUACUUAAGUCGAGAAAGCUGGUGCCGAGUGAAGAUCUGAAGGCUAGCUUUGACCAGCUUCGUGAGGGUGACAAGGCGCAGAACCAGAAACUUGGGGAUGAUCCUGAGCUAGAGGACAUUAUCAGAAUACACAAGGAGAAGGCGGAAGCGCUCAAGCAGAAUAAGUAA